AUGGCUGAGGCUCCUGCUAUUCAAUUGGCAGAACAUGCUCGAGCUAUAUUGGCAGAUGAUGAGCGCUUGGGCUUUGAACGAAAUGAUCCGGCAAGAGAGUGUUUCAAAUCCUUGGAUGAAGCUGGGCUCCGAGCGCCAAUCCCCUUCAGUUAUGGGAAAGUUGGUGACGAUGAACGUUAUCCAUGGCUGAAGCCAACUGAUCUCGUGAAAGCACUGCACCAAUGGAACCGCCUAGAUAUCAUCCUUCCGGACGAGAACCUUGCCUCGUCGGAGCAAUCACUGCGAAUUGUGUCGCUGGCUCGCAUUUACAGCUCUCCGGGCGAUGACUCCCUGGGAGACAUUGUCACCGUGGGUGUUGGAUCUGCCUGCAGUCGCUACUUUGUGACUUCAAGUUUGGUGAUUCUCCAGCAGUUUGCCAUCCUGUUCCCUGGGACUUCGGUUGAAAGCAGGUUCUCUAGUAUGACCGCUUUGUGGCUGGCAUAUUGCAAGGGAAGGAACGAAUGGAUAGAGGAACUGCUCCAAGAUGAAAUUGUAGCUGAGCUGGGUGAGGAGGACAGCCGUGUCCCUCUCAUUGCAUUGGCUACGCGAAGCAUCAACUCGGUCUUCAGACAUUUGUAUCGUGCUGGUGCUUGGCUGAGAUCAAAUGAAGCAUCGACUAUUGCAGACUUGGGAUUGACGAUGCUCCGUGCACAGAAUCGAUUGGCGGAACUGUCGCUUCAACGUCUCCAGCCCCGAUACCCUCUGCAUUGCAAACCGCAUAUGCUCUACCAUACAUUCAAAUUUUUGAAAGUGCUUAGCGAGACACAUCAUUGGUGUGAGUCACCUUUGGUGGACGCUACUCAGAUAGACGAGUCCUUUGUUGGAGUGAUAUCUAGGUUUUCUCGUAGAGUUUCACCUCGCCUCACGGUUCAUCGUACAUAUGACAUCUACUUGGCAUCGCUACGGCGCCAUUUGGUGGAUGAUGGUGACUGA